AAGACCAGAUGAUCAGCCACCCAAAAGACGAAGUGAAGCUUGAACCCCUAUUGAAAGAUAUAAGUGUGCUAGAAACAUCAAGAUCAAAUAAUUUUGUGUGGGCCCUAGGAUUUCUGACUCCAUUACUUAAGCAUAUUGGUGCUGAAAAUGCAACAGAAAUUGUUAUAAAUUCCACGUUUAAGACAAAUCAAGAACGAUUUGAGCUCUUUGCUAUAAAUCUAAACUGUGGUGGAUAUGGAAUGCCGAUAGCAUAUCUAUAUUUUUCCUCAAAAGAUGGUAGUGAAGAAGUUCAAAACAGUCAAAAUAAUCUUAUAAAAACACAAAUUGAAGUGUUGCGAAUAUUUUUUACUAGCCUUCACCAAGAGGGGUUAAGACCGGUAUUCAUUUUAACAGACAAGGAUGCUG